CGUACACUUCCGGUGUCAUAGUAAACAACGCUGAACUUGUCCGAAGAGCUAUUUUAAGUUGAAAGAUGCUGUUAAAGGCCUUUUUGUCUCUCGUUUUUCUGGGUAUAGUUGUGACAGGAUCUUUUGCAAAGGAAACCUCAAAAGAAUCAAAGCUUACCAAAGAGGGCAUUUGUGCAGGAUGUCAAGCUACAGUUAAAGAAUUGUCCAGAACUCUGAAGCAUGUGACCAGUGAACCAAUCAGUCAGCGAGUCCCAGUCCUCCUGUCUACUGUUUGUAGGAAAGAGAACUUUAAGACCUAUGACAUUACACCAUCAGUCAUAGAAGAAACCUGCAAAUUAAUGAUGAAGAACAACAGAACAGCGAUAGAGGCGACCCUCGUAAACUAUUACAAUGCCAAGAGUCGCCUAGAUCAUUCCUACCUUGAUAUUGUACAAACAAUAUGCAGUGAAGUGACCAGUUUUUGUCCAGGAGGUGGAGGAGCAGCCACUGAAGUCCCUAAGAAGGGAGGAGUGGUGUACAACAGGGAGACGGACAGUUUUGAUGUGAUUCCUGGGGAGAAUGUCAAGAUGGUUCGACCAUCCAAACAAAACCAUGAAGAGUUGUAGAGACUAGAAGGGACACCUGCAGGCUUGAAAAACGCAAAUCCUUCGACCGUCACCCCACCCCCCCUAAAAAAUUUAUUUUUUACGUAUAAUUUGUGUAGAAUAUAAAAAGAAGACUUUUCUAUCUAUUUGAUAUAGAUGUUUGAUGAUAGAUUUCUUAUAUACCAUUGUGUGCUUUUUUUAUUUAGUUUAAAGUCUCGUUUUUGAUGAAAUAUAGCAUAGUCAUUUUUAGCAAUAAUGUGCAGUAUUUUCAUCAUAAGUAACUUGUCAUCUGUUCAGCUGUCUUUUUUGGUUUGUGUAAAAAAGCGGAAAUUAGAUCAUCGCAAACUUUACCGGAUAAACGGUAUCAUUAAUAUUGCUAUGCAUUAAACAUGUAUGGUAUGUAAAUUAAAGUCACUGAAUAAGGGUACAAUGAAAUCAUUAUCUGCUAUAGGCUUAAAGAAAUCAUUCAUUUCACAUUAAUAUACAAAUUAUCAAUAUACAUUUACAUUUCAAAAAUAUUUAUAAACUAGCACUUCUUUCUGUUGUUUUGUAUUACCAUGCAUAUAAAUGUGUGAUUCUUUUUCCUGAAUCUAUCCUGUGAUACACUAUUUAUAGAUACCUUUUGUAUUUUUUAAGUUUUUAUUUUUAUAAUAAAGUUACAAAACAUUUUC